CAUGUCUCGCUCUUUUGCUCAUUCGCCACCCUUGGCUUGGCUGUUGCGGACGCUAGCUCCUCCUCCUCCUACACCAUCUCUUCCUCUUGCUCUUCUUCCUCUGCGCUCAGAUCUAGCCUUCACUUAUAGCUACAGUCUCCUCUGCAAUACUGCUUCGUCACUUCCUUUGCCUCCGAGAGCGUUGCUGCGCUGCUGUUCCUUUUCUAUUGCUGCUCUCACAGGACGUGUGGUUCAUCGUUGCGGAGUUGGGGAAUGUGAUAUGAAGGUAUCUGCGGCUCCGACGCGUUGUUUUGGACUAAUUUGUUCUGUUUUCAUGCUCUUGCGCUCGGAUCCGGGGUGUGUAAUGAAGUUCCUGUUGCGGUUUGCGACACUAUCGUGCCUGUGUAUAGUUCAGUACUGCCGGAUUGGAGUGGCGUGUCCAUCAGCUUCGGCCCUUUGUUGACGCGGCGUUUUCGGUCAUUAGAUUGAGAAGAAGGUUUGGCGCCGUGUUACAAGGUAGAGAGACGGCUGGCAUUAGUAACGUGAAUUGAAGUUGAAGCACCAGGGACCUUCCCGAGAAUUUCAGUUUGCCUCUUGAAGAAGUGUGGGAUAGGUUGGCGAACUUCAGUUAGUCACCUUGUGGAGCUGGGAGGUCUGCUUUAAACUGGAAAGCCGAAGGAGAAGUACGUUAGUCUUAAAGAUGUUGCCAUGUACCAAGAAUUCCGAGUUGGUACUGGAAAUUAUGAUCACAAAAUAGUCAAUUUCAGGCAACUAUUAAGAGCUAUUCCAGCAGCGACUUGGGAAUUUGACAUUCUUUUGAGUUCCUGAGCGUGGUGUCAGUAAUUUGGUUCCAGGUGUGGUUUUCACAGGUUCAAAUUGGGAUUCUAGCAUCUCAUCCAAUGCAGGGCACGCAAUCAGAGUUCUGGCCUCGGCAACUGUUGAAGAAGUGGAUCAGCUUUCAAGAGACCGGAGAUGACUUCAACAGAGACAGUGACUCGAAUUCCGAGAGGUUCAGUGAGUCAGAAGACUUUGAAGAAAGCGAUGAUAUCAACUACAGCAACCCGAUUCCGCGAGUGCAAUCUGAUACUCUCCAUGAGCGCUUUGUUCAAAAUAAUGAUUACAAAGUUGCAGUUGGAACCUGGAACGUCGGAGGGUUACUUCCUCCAGAUGAUAUCGACCUAGAUGGGUUCUUAGAUUCGUCUGAUCCUGCGGAUAUCUAUGUACUAGGGUUUCAAGAGAUUGUACCACUUAAUGCCAGCAAUGUGUUGUGCAUUGAAGACGAUGCGCCUACUGUCAUAUGGGAUGGCUUAAUUCGUCAGGCUUUGAACAAUCGAGUGAAAUGCUUUGAGGAGCACGUGACUAGUCACAGUGCGCCCACAUCUCCAACAUGGGAUGAACAAGAAUUUGUUAGUCCAUCUUCCGAAGUUUCCGACUUUGAAAGCUUGAGGACCACUGUCGCCACAGAAGGAACUUUAGAAUCAUCCUUGCUUCUUCCGAAAAUUUCCAACCCUAGCGAUAGUCAAUGGCCAUCAGACAGAAUAGAAGCAAGGAAAUUUGUUCAUAAAGUUCAUGCUCCAAUCAAGGAUGUGAGGGUAGCAGAGGAUUGGGUAUAUGAGGCAAGCAUGCCCGAUAAUGGUGUAACUAGAAGAAUGUCAUCGAUGAAAUCCUCACGAAACUUGAGAACACAUUCUUGUAACAAAUACCUUCGAGUUGCAAGCAAGCAGAUGGUUGGAGUGUUCAUAUCUAUUUGGGUGCGGUCAGACCUGCGGCGAUAUGUACACAACGUCAAAGUUAGUGUUGUUGGAUGUGGAAUUCUAAAUUAUCUCCGAAAUAAGGGUGCUGUUUCGGUCAGCAUGUCUCUUCACCAAACCAGUUUCUGUUUUGUGUGUACGCAUCUUACAUCUGGUCUGAAGGAAGGCGAUGAGUUUCGUCGAAAUGCUGAUGUUGCUGAUGUUCUUCGUCGCACCACGUUUCCUAGAUUAGACAAACUUUCAGGGAUACAUUUACCAGAAACAAUCAUGGCACAUGAUCGAAUCAUAUGGCUCGGUGAUCUGAACUAUCGUAUUGACUUACCCGACAAGGAGACAUGGAUUCUAGUCAAUCAAUGUGAUUGGAAGAGUCUUCUUCCUAGAGAUCAGCUGAGCAUAGAAAGAGAUGCUGGGCGGGUUUUCAAGGGUUGGCACGAGGAAGUUAUCAAUUUUCCACCUACUUAUAAGUUUGUUGAGGAAUCUGAUAAAUAUUUUGGUGAAAAUACUUUCGAAGGUGAUAAGCGACGUACGCCUGCAUGGUGUGAUCGAAUAUUGUCGUAUGGAAAAGGACUGAGGCAGUUAAGUUACUCAAUGGUGGAAGCGAGGCUUUCAGACCAUCGACCUGUUAUUGCGAAAUUCUUUGUUGAGGUGGAAGCAGUUAACUGUCAAAAACUUACGAAAGCUUGCAAGCUAUCGAAGCAUGCAAAAGUGAAUGUUGAGGAGCUUCUACUGAAGGACUUUUCUGUCAACAAUAUUCGCAGCUUAUUCAAUAAUGAGAUGUUAUGAUCAGAUACUGGAUUGCAAAUGAUUACCGAUGUCACCUUGGGAGUAUCCAAGGCUCGUGGGCCAGAAGUGUCUCGAUAGCUGAGUUCAUAACGACCAAUUUGUUGCAUGUUGAACGUUCCAUCGAAAGCUGCUGCAAAACAUGGCGGAUUUUCACGGACGAUUACUAGUGGAUCUCCAAGCUGCUCAUUACUUAACCUCAAGCUUGAUUAUUUAUUGAAGUCAGAUUGCCAGAUCGUAACGGGUCUAGAAGAAUUUGGCUGGACUAUAAAGCAGGUAACUGGUGGAUUCUAAAUGAUAGCCAAUCAUUAAUUAAGGUAUUGACAACUCUAUUGAUAAAUGCCAGCGCUUGGCAAGGAUGUGUUCUGUAUAUUCUGAUGUUUUUAUGUACGUUUAUCCUAGUAGUUUUCUCUUAAAUAUUUAAUUGAUACGAGGUAGUUUUAAUGUAGGGUCCUGUGUGAGGAGCUCAAGGCUGUUUAGUGAACUCCUCCUACCCGACAGGUUAUGUCAGAUUUCUGUAUAGUUCAUUAUAUAUUAAUUGGGAUCCGUAGGAGUUAUUGAACCUAAUCGAGCUCAUUGUAGUCCAGGAGAGCCAGGAUCGCUGAAGAUUAGUUUACCCGCUAGAGAAGCGCCCUAAAACAAAUGUGUUCAGGUCUGCUGAAGACUUCUGAGAUUAUGCGAAAGCGAGUUUAGCUUUAUUUAGUGUAACUUGCAUCCUACCUGGAGUCAUUAAUGAACAAUUUUUUUUUGGUA